AGGGCCUAACCUGGACCGCGGAGGAAUCGAGUGACUGCCUCAAAAAUCUAGAACCGAUCCCCGUGGCCCCGCCCCUCCCGCGGCGUCUCAGUCUCUGCGCCGGAGCCGCGCUUGCCCCUCAUGUUUCUCCGAGCAGGCGUGGCCGCGCUCUCUCCGCUUGUUCGCAGUCUUCAGCCCUCUCCUGUCGCCGCCAUGAGCACUGGCACCUUCGUCGUGUCGCAGCCGCUCAAUUACCGCGGUGGGGCCCGCGUGGAGCCGGCUGACGCCUCCGGCACCGAGAAAGCUUUCGAGCCGGCAACCGGCCGAGUGAUAGCGACUUUCACAUGUUCAGGAGAAAAGGAAGUAAAUUUGGCUGUUCAAAAUGCAAAAGCUGCUUUUAAAAUAUGGAGUAAAAAAUCUGGCAUGGAGCGUUGCCGAAUCCUUUUGGAGGCUGCCAGGAUAAUAAGGGAACGAGAGGAUGAAAUUGCCACUGUGGAAUGCAUCAACAAUGGCAAGUCCAUCUUUGAGGCCCGCUUGGACAUUGACACUUCCUGGCAGUGCCUGGAGUAUUAUGCGGGCUUGGCUGCAUCCAUGGCUGGUGAGCAUAUCCAGCUCCCAGGCGGAUCCUUUGGUUAUACCAGAAGAGAACCACUUGGGGUAUGUGUGGGAAUAGGAGCAUGGAACUACCCCUUUCAGAUCGCCUCUUGGAAGUCGGCUCCAGCGUUAGCCUGUGGUAAUGCCAUGGUCUUUAAACCUUCUCCCUUUACACCUGUUUCUGCAUUGCUACUGGCUGAAAUCUACACUGAGGCUGGUGUGCCUCCUGGGCUCUUCAAUGUGGUGCAGGGAGGGGCUGCCACGGGCCAGUUUCUGUGUCAGCAUCACGAUGUGGCCAAAGUCUCCUUCACUGGAAGUGUGCCCACUGGCAUGAAGAUCAUGGAGAUGUCAGCUAAAGGAAUCAAACCUGUUACCUUGGAACUUGGAGGCAAAUCUCCACUCAUCAUUUUCUCAGACUGUGAUAUGAACAAUGCUGUGAAGGGAGCGCUGAUGGCCAACUUUCUCACACAAGGCCAGGUAUGUACCUGUCCCUGGAAGAGGUGUAAAAGGAAUCUCCACCCCCUCAUCCAACAGCAUAUUCGCAUGCAUGUGGCCCAAGGAACAACUCCAUGUUUUCUAAAAGGCCUAGAGAACAUGGACAUCCAGCGGGCUCAUAGAGUGGUAGCUGAGCUUCAGGCUGGAACGUGCUUCAUUAACAACUAUAAUGUCAGCCCAGUGGAGUUGCCCUUUGGUGGAUAUAAGAAGUCAGGGACAUCCAGCGGGCUCAUAGAGUGGAAUGCAUUUUGGGGUUGUAUUUUUAAUGCAAAAUAUUUUUUUCCUUUUCGGCAGGGUGCUAAAGUGUUAUGUGGUGGAGAUAUAUAUGUGCCUGAAGAUCCCAAAUUAAAGGAUGGAUAUUACAUGAGACCUUGUGUAUUAACUAAUUGCAGAGAUGACAUGACCUGUGUGAAAGAAGAGAUCUUUGGGCCUGUUAUGUCCAUUUUAUCAUUUGACACUGAAGCUGAGGUUCUAGAAAGAGCCAAUGAUACCACUUUUGGACUAGCAGCUGGCGUCUUUACCAGGUAUAUGGAGUGGGACACUGAGAGCAGUUUUGAAGGAGCGGGGCUGCAACCGCUUCUCCUCCUUUCAGGAUUUGGCAGAGAGAACGGCCGUGUGACAAUUGAAUAUUAUUCACAACUGAAGACUGUGUGUGUGGAGAUGGGUGAUGUGGAAUCUGCUUUUUGAAAACCUGCAGUGAAACCUACUGACAUGGCCAGGCUGUGGAACGAUGCGAAUUGGCCCUGUUUACAGAGGCAGUACAACUGAAUGUUAUUUUUAAAUUCAGAAUUUUGGCAUUCAGGAUAAGAGAAUGGUUCAUGUUACUCUUUCUCUGUCCAUCAGCUUCGUCACUGAAAAUGUGCAUUAAGUGCCUUGUAGAUAGUAAUCAAGAAAGUUGGCAUUCUCCUCAAAGUAUAUUUUUGUGAAAUCUUUUAAGAGCCAGUAACAUACUUCUAGAGAGCAGGAAACGGGACUGGGAUAAUACAUCUUCCACACAUUUGGCCCACUGACAAUGUUAAUUCUCUGGCGUAUUUCAAAGAACUUGUUCCUGGCUGAUCCAAGUGCAGUGGUAUUUACAACUAAUUGAUCACAACCAGUUUCUAGAUUUCUUUGUUCCUUCUCCAUUCCCACUGCUUCACUUGACUAGUCUUGAAAAAAAACAACAACAACAACAAAAAAACCACCUUGUUCCUUUGUAGGUUCCUGGUAGAAUCAAUAGAGAUGAUUUCAGCUCAUUGACUUUCUUUUAAGCUAUAUCCCCUUGUCAUUUCAUUGAGACAGCUGAUAACCGGGAUAGGGAGGGGAUUAGAUAAUAGACGGGGUCAAAUUCUGUGUGAAUGUUAACUUGCCUAGUAAGCACUUUGUCUCUGUUCACUACUGCAAUAGAGGAAACCUAUCUCCCUAUCUUGGGUCCUUGAACUACAGCCUGCUGUCUUACACCAGCAGAGCUACCCUUUAAAUGUACAAAUUAUUUGUACGCUAAUGUAAUAUGGUGAAAUUAAAAUAAAUCACACUGCUAAUUCUU